CUUCCUUCACUUCUCUGCUUCCGACCUCGUAGCGAAUCGGACCGGGGGGCUAGGGUUCCGGUGCGCCUCUGCAAUCGGACGCGAGGCUAGGCUGGGCAUGGAGGGAACCGCUGCGGCCCGGAAGAGGUCCCGGCCGGAGACGGCGAACGGGGCUGCCGCCGCCGGGAAGCGCUCCAAAGACACGGAGUCAUUUCAAACUGGUCUAUCAAGCAAAUCGAAGCCUUGCACCAAGUUUUUCAGUACGAUUGGGUGCCCGUUUGGCGAGGGAUGUCAUUUUCUGCACUUUGUCCCUGGUGGUUACCCGGCAGUUGCAAAAAUGCUGAAUCUAAGUAGCUCUGCUGUAUCUGCGCCAUCAAGAACUCAUGUGGAUCAUGCCGCUCUUACCGGUGCCUCUCAUCCAGCUUCUACGGUCAAGACACGCAUGUGCACCAAGUACAACACUACAGAAGGCUGCAAGUUCGGUGAUAAGUGCCAUUUCGCUCAUAGCGAAAGAGAGCUUGCGAAGCCAGCCUACAUGUCUCAAGAAGGACCUCCUAUGGGUGGUCGAUAUGGACGAGCUGAACCUAUGCAACCAGCUGCCAUGGGCCCUCCAGCAGGAAACUUUGGUGCCUCGGCGACUGCCAAGAUCAGUGUGGACGCCUCUCUGGCCGGUGGCAUAAUCGGCAAGGGUGGGGUCAACACUAAGCAGAUAAGUAGAAUUACAGGCGUCAAGCUCUCCAUCCGCGACCACGAGUCUAACCCCAACCUAAAGAACAUCGAGCUGGAAGGCAAUUUUGACCAGAUCAAGCAAGCCAGCGACUUGGUGCGUGAUCUCAUCGCAACCAUCAGCGCAAGCAUGCCAGCGAAAAAUCCAUCUGCUGCCGCGGCACCAGCAGGAGGAGGCCGAGGCGGUGGUCCAGGGGGCAAGAGCAGCAACUACAAGACGAAGCUGUGCGAGAACUUCUUGAAGGGUGCCUGUACUUUUGGUGACCGGUGCCACUUCGCCCAUGGCGAGACGGAGCAGCGGAGAGGUGCUGCAUGAGAGUCGAGGUGCUCUAGGCAAUGAGAUGCCAUGUGCUCCCUCCUUUUGCUACUGUGAAUUUUCGCCUUGCAGCGCUAGGCGGUUGGACUGUUGUGUUGUGUUGCGACGUCAAUGGAUUAAACUCUAGAUUUCAGCUUUCUUUUUUUAACAUAUAAGUUCGAGAAAACGUUAAACUGUCGUGCAGCUUGCAUUUUGUUGGUCGGUAAGCUAGCAGGCUGCUAGCCCAUGACAAACCUGUGUGACAAA